ACCUUCACUUCCCCUAGAGGGCACCAGAGAAUCAAAAAUAAGGGAACACGAAAGCGUUUCAUCAGAGUUUGCAGAAUGAGUCGUUAGCUUUGAUACUUUUUAUUUUGUUUUUAUUAAGUGUCAGAAAUUAGUAAGGAAACUCUAAUUUUAAAGAGCAAGACAGAAUACACUAUUUCCUCUACACUAUUUGUGUGUGUGUGUGUGUGUGUGUGUGUGUGUGUGUGAAUGACAAUGGAAACAGGAUGUCAGCAAAAGCAGCUGACCACAGAGUGAAUGUGACACUUUAAAUGUUAAAUCUGCUGUUAUGAGACGUGCAAAUGCUACUGACCAUCGUGUAUAAAAGACCAACACAGACGUUCAUCAGUAUUUUAAUGAACUAUAACAGUGUCUUUGCUGGUAACAAUUUGCAAUUAAUAAAAACUCUGUGUUUGUAAAUGAGUAAACAAAAGUGUCAAAAAAAACCAAACUGCUGUCUGUUGGGUGGAAGGAAUUAUAUUCAGGAACUAAGUAUUGACAUUUGACAUUUUAAUCAUGUUUAUUACUGUAGUAUUAGACACACACACACACACACACACACACAUAUCAAGCGUAUCUCUUGUUGCAGUGUUUUGCAAAAGAACUCAUCUGGGUUAUACAGGAUGUACAAAUGGCGGAACUUGAAGAUGUUAAUUACGUCACAAGGAAAUACGCAGGAAAGGGGUGUCACACUAGAUGAAAGAAGCUGUAAGUCGUAGUUGUUUUAAAGAGGAGUAUGAAACAGAGCGACAUGGAGGAGGAUAUUAGAAAGAAGGGUAUGCUAUAUUUGCAGCAGCAAAGAUUUGGAAAGAAGUGGAGAAAGGUGUGGUGUAUUCUGUACCGAGAAAGCACCCGCUCGAUCUCACGGCUAGAGUUUUUCGAGUGUAAAGAUGGCGGGACUGGCACGUUGGAGAAAUCCAAAUGCAAGCAGGACAACAAAAAGAUUAUCAGACUGAGCGACUGCAUUCGCGUGUCGGAGGCUGUGGAAGUGGACGGGUGCCCAAAGGACAGCAAGGCCUUCUUGGUGGAAACCACGGAGAAGACAUUUGUCUUUGCUGUAGAAAUGGCUGAAGUAGAUGACUGGAUGCAGAAACUGUGUGAAAUUGCAUUUCCUAUGAACCGGAGUGAAAGAGGGGCAGUGAGAAGGAACAGUUCACCCCCCGACUCUGAAGACGUCUCGAUGACGGAUAAUUCGCUCUACUGUGGGAAAGAGGCUGCACUGAAGGACUUCAAGGUGAUAAUUAGACGUACAGAUGCUGCAGACAGGUGUGGGUUGAAAGGACAGUACUUGCUACCCACAGACUUUGACAGCCUGCUCCUCAAAGAGCCCAAGACAGGAGAAGUGCAUUUCACCUGGCCAUAUCGGUACCUCCGUAGGUUUGGACGAGACAAGACAACAUUCUCUUUCGAGGCUGGAAGAAGGUGCGACUCCGGUGAAGGCAACUUUGAGUUUGACACCAAGCAAGGCAACGCCAUUUUUCCCAGUAUGUGGAAGCUGCCAUUAACUUACAGAGAGCAGGUUUUUUCACAGCAACAGUCUUCAAGCGGUGCUCGAGAUACUUUACCUUGCCAACAGCCGCCCAAAAUCAAUCCACCCACUGAGGACAGUUCCUGUACCAUUUACAGCAUGCUGAGCGAAACAGCUAUGAAGGACAAAGCCAAACAAUUAUCGCCCCAUCGUACCAGACUGGAAAUGCCUGCAGAUAAACACCUGACUGGGGUUAAGAGUUUAAACCUUGACACACGGCCUCUGCCAAGAAAGAACCAGGUCAAGAACUUCCGAAGCUGUCCUUUAGCCAACACGGAGAACGAUGCCUAUUCCCGGGUCACGGCACCACUUUCAGACAAAGAGAUUCCAGACAGAGUUGAGCAAGAAGAGCAACACCAAAAUGCUUCGUCCUUGUUCCAGUUCCCCCAGAUUCGGAGUAUUCACUUCCGUUCGACCAACGUUGCCAAGAACAUCAUGAUGGACAUCUUGACAUCAUCACAUUUGGCACCACCAAUGGUAGUGGAACCUUGUUUGAGUAAUGAAAAUAAGGACAGUAAUGAAAAGAGUGCGGAACCACUUUAUGAUAGCAUUGAUGAGUUUUGCCAUCAGAUCUUUCCCACAAAAAACCCAAAAGACAUUCAAAUAAAUACCCCUGCUGUGGAACACAUUUAUGAUGAACCCGAAGGCUGUGCCCGACGCCCUCAUGCUCCAACGGCACUCUACGACGACCCCGAAGAGGUCGUGUAAACGCGUGGAAGACCCUGGGUGCUUUUAACUGAUCCGAGUGGACACGAGUUCCCUUAUAAUGCACAUGUGGAUGACUACGCAGUUCCAAACCCUCCUAGGAGAGCCAGAAUUCCAGAGCAGGAGAGAGAGAGAGGAGAGAAAAGCAAGAUGCCAGGAAUACAGAACACGACUGAAGAUGACGAGGACUCUUCACCAUAUGAUAAUGUGAUGCUGAAAAUGAAAACUACUUCUCUAAAUGAAUAACCGGGACAUCUUUUAUCUGUCUGUGAAAGUCUUUAAAAAAUAAGGCAAGUCAUAUGUGAAGAAAAUAAACAAAAUUUCAUCACUAUAUUUUUACUUCAAUUUUAUGACUGUGGGUAUAAAAAGGACACUGAACAAAAGAACACUCAUGAAAGUUUUAAUGUGUAAGGAAUAAAUCAUGACGUGAAGUGGAGUUACAGCUACCGCCCCACAGUUUGAUUAUUUUCCCAUAAUAGCACGUCCCCAAGUGUUUUUAUUCCUGUUAUACGGCAGCAAUCUGCCAGCAAUUACAUAUUUUUUAUUUAUUAAAGAAUGACACGUUGUACUUUUUAUCCAAGAAUGACGUCCAAGAAAACAAGUUUCCUCCUGCUAUCACGUAAGAAAUAAGAAACGCAGCUUGUCACGUUACUGAGAAACAGCAAAGAAGCGUAAACUCCUCUGUCCUGAAGAUGCCGGAAAAUGACAGCUUUACCUCUGACUGUUACGAAGCGCUGACACUGGAGACUCCUUCCACGAAUGUUAAAUUACACGUCUUUUCAUCAGUUUCAUUUGGAGCGUCCGCUGUACAAGUCCCCUGUGAAUGAGUUGUUACUAACGAAAAUGAGGGCAUUAAUAUGAACCUGUGAUGUGCAGCUGCACUACUGUCAGAGCUGCUGUUAUAGAAAAAUGACUCCACACCUUCUGACCAAUCAGAAUCCAGACGUCCACAGCAAUGUGAAAGAAACCGUUUUCAUCGUAAGUAACUGUUUACAAUCAGAGUGCAAUUUUGUAAGUAGUCUGUAUAUAAUGGCGUGAGCUAAAUGAUGUGAACAGGAUGUAAGGAUUUCUGUUUGUUUCUCCUUUAAAUAGUGUUUUCCUUGGAUAAUUUAAUGGUGAUGUUAUUGAGAAAAUGAAAAAACUGCUGAUUCUGGUUGUGGAUUCGGAGUAUAGCGUGAUGAUAUAUUUGGUAUAAAAACUAUAUAGUGUAUGAGGUACCCGCUUGAUUUGCAUUCGUUUUUUUUUUCCCACAGUAGCUGAAGCACACACUCAUUUCUUCCACUGUGAUAAAUGUCUUGUGGAAAUUUCAGCUUGGUAUUUCAGCAGCACAUGGCUGAAACCACAGUGACCUUCUGCAGAGAAUUUACCGUGGCUAGAAAUCGGAUCAUAAUUCAAUGUGAACUUGAGCCAGGGCUCUAUUAGCCAGUUCUUGUUCCUGAUUUCUGUUAUUGUGUUGGGAGUUUCACAGGCAAUUAAAGUUGAAGUUCUUCUCACAGAGUGACUGAUUUUCCAGCCACUUAACCCGUUGCUUAGCUCCUCAUGGAGGCGGAUGAGAGGUUCAUGUUGUGAGGUAUUGUAGCAUUCAUGGUACACGUGAAGCCAAUUCUUUUAUUUCCAGGAACGUGUGAAUAAUAGCAGUGAAACUCAGAGAAAUUAGAAGUCACUAGAUAAGCAAAAUGUACCGUCUGUAUUUGUGAUUCCUGCACAAGCUGUGAGAUUUAUGCAGCCCUGAGUUUGUACAUGUUAGCAAGUUUCUGGGUGAUAUGACUAUAGAAUAUUGAUAUUGUGAUAAAACUAGGCCAAAAUAUGCAUAAUUGUUGAUUUUUUUUUUUAGUUGAAUUACUUAAUUAUGACUAUUAUGACUUUAAUUAUGACUAGA